CUCUGUUAGAAUUCUACUACUUUUACUUUCUUUAUUAGUUAUUAGAACAGUUUGAAACCUUCAAUAUGAUGUUUCAUUUCUGCUGGAUUUUAUUUUUUAUUAAAGUUGUACUAUCAACGUGGACAAGGCAAAAUUUGACUGAACAUUUAUUGGAUUCGGCCAAUUACAAUCCCAGUUUUCGUCCCACAAUAAAUGAAGAAACGCCAACCACGAUAAAAUUGUACUUGAUCCUGUACCACAUUUAUGAUAUCAGCGAAACAUAUUUGGAGUUUACAGUUGAUGCGUUUGUACAUAUGUUAUGGAAUGAUACGAGAUUAGAAUACGCUUCUAGAGGAGCCAAUUAUUCUUCGCUGGAGCUAGGCCAUCUUAAUAUUAAGCGAGUGUGGACGCCCGACAUCUAUUUCAUUAACAGUAAAAAAGGCUAUAUGCAUACGGUGUCGUCUCCAAAUCGAUUAAUGCAUAUAUUCCCCAGUGGAAAAGUGAAAUACAGUGUAAGAUUGACGGUUAGGUUAGCGUGCCCCAUGAAUCUAACGUAUUUCCCAUUUGACACGCAGAGUUGCCCGAUCAUCAUACAAAGCUACGGCUUUACAGACGGAAAAAUACAACUUAUGUGGGCAGAUGACCGACCCUUUAAGGUGUCUGUUCUGAACACCGACAUGCCACAUUUUCUUCUUGAUCAAGACUUUGAGUGCACCAGAAAUACAACACAUGAACACGGGGAUGAAACUGAAUCGUACGAUACGCUAACGAUGUACUUCACCAUUGAACGAAAGAUUGGCUUCUACAUCGUGCAAGUAUUCCUGCCAGAUAUAUUGUUCGUACUCACGUCAUACGUGUCGUUCUACGUUGAUCCCAACGCUGUACCAGCUCGUGUAACACUAGGAGUGACGUGCGUCCUCGCCAUGACCACGCAGACGUCCAGCGUACGUCAGUUCUUACCCCAGGUUUCCUAUGUUAAGGCCAUGGAUAUCUGGGACACAGUGUGUCUGGUCUUUGUUUUCUCUGCACUUCUUGAGUUUGGAUACGUCAACAACUUGCUACGCCAUCAAGAUGAGGAUGAAAAGAGAACAAACAAUGAAACGUUCACGGAGCCAUCAGGUGAUGAUGAUCACGCUGACAGAAGAUCUAAUACACCUUUGGUACCCGAUAAUAUUGAUAGCGGGAAUGGUGCAAACGAUGACGUUGCCCGUCAGCAAACACGGAUACACAGAGAUGUUGCGUGUGAUCGACACUUGAUUGACGGCUGUCUUAAAACGGCCCAUAUAUGUUCGAACAAAAAACACAAGGCUCAUCUCGUUGACGUUGCAUGCCGGUUUGCUUUUCCACUUCUGUUUCUUGUAUUUGUAUUCGUGUUUGUGCCGGUUUGUAUAAGGUCAAGAGCUUCUCGGGAUUCUCUAACAAUAUAGCAUACAUUGGAUUAUGUUAGGUAUGUUAGGUACGUAAAAUCGCAGUUAUAGCACACCUACGAAUUAUAGACAUAAAAAUGUAUCGCUGUUUAUGAUAUGUUUAACAUAAUGAAUGUUAUAGACACAACUUAUUCCAUUUGUGACAGUUUUCAUAGCUCUGUUAUUUUUCCGUUUCAAGACACUUAAGCGAUCCCAAAGCUAACACACUGCGAGUAUACCACAAUGCGUUUCGCCGUUUACAAUAGUUUUGAAUGGUAUGCAAAUAAAAAGCAUUCUUUACACUUAAAACUGAAAUGCGCUAGGCAGACAAUAUAUGUAUUUAAAUAUCAUUAAAAACCCAGCUUUGUUAUAAGUCCCCGAACAACCCUGUUGCGGCUUCUUUCUGCAUUGCCCGGCAAUCAUCUGAAUGGUAUAUUAUGUUAACGUGUACUAUUUUGUAUGGCUUAGGAUAGACAUACAUAACCAAGCUUUCUAUAACCUUAUUGCGGCUUCUUCUUGCAUUGCACGACGGCCAUCUCAUGUAAAAACUAUAUGAUGCGAUGUCUCUUAAAUAAUCAUAAGAUUGAGUUUUGUUUCAUUCCAUCGUCCAUCAGACUUUUACGGUUAAAGUGCACGAACACAACGAGGCGUUUAGCUCCUUUAAAAUGGGUUUAACGACCAGUCAUUGACCUUUCCAAGGCGCAAACUUAGCUUUUCUUGUUUGUUCGUUUGUUGUGUACAUUUGUUUCUUUUCUAGUGUAUGUAUUGUAUGUCUCACUGUUUGACAAUCGAUUCCUAGCCAUAAAUUAAAGAUCGCAUUGUAUAAUAAGGGUUUUCUAUUUCGCGUAUGUUUCGCAUUUCACGUAAAUUGUAUUUAAUUGAUUUAUUUGAUUUAUCUGUAAAUUCAUGCGCCUUAAAAUUUAUAUACAUGUAUAUAAACUGCUAUGUUGAUCGACCUUCAUUCUCCUCAUGGGUUAAAUAAGUACCUAUCUUCGGUGACUUCACAAAGCAAGCCGGUAUGUGCUCUUUUUUUUUAUUGCUAAACGUUUAGUAUGUAAUACAAAAUACCACUAACUGUCUUUACUGUUUACUCUAUACACUAUUAUUAUGUCAAACAGAAUGUUGGACUGCCCAUGAAAUUCAUUCUUUGAUCACUUCUUCCUGUGAAUAUUUCAUCAUAUCUAA